UAUAAUAUUAUAUAACAGGCCUUCUCAGGACGAAACCCUAAAAUACAUUAUAUCCUCUCUGCAACUUCGUUUAUUUAUUUACAGUGACACUAUUUUUGCAGCUCAAAACAACAACGUUAUUGCAAAUCGUUGGAGCUGUUAAUUUAUCUGUGGGUGCAAAAUGAUUUCUGCUAUCUCUUGGGUACCCAAGGGAAUUGCAAAGGUUAUUCCAGCUGAGGUUGAUCCACCCACUAAAGAGGAAAUUGAUGAGAUACUGAGAAGUGGUACCUUAAACAGAAGGGAGGACUCGGAUAAUGAAAACGAUGGAGAAAUGGAUGUUGAUGGUGCUGCUAAAGGAGUUGCUUAUGAGGCUGCUGCCAAGGUAAAACAACCUAGAAGCGGUACUAGUUUUGGCAUAAUGAAGAAAUGUACGUUGGUUGAUGCUGCUAAAGGAGUUGCUGAUGAGAUAUCCCAAGCAUUAGCUGCUGCAGAGGCACUUGGGAGAAAACAACCUGGAAGCAGUACUAGUUUUGGUACUAAAGAUAUGACUGAUGCCCUCAAGGAGCUUGACAUGGAGAAUUAUGAUGAAGAGGAUGAUGGCAUUGAAAUAUUUAGUACUGCAAUUGGGGAUAGAUACUAUCCAAGUAAUGCGAUGGAUCCUUAUCUGAAGAAGGAUGAUGAGGAUGAGGAUGAUGAUGAAGAAAUUGAGGAUAUGACCAUAAAACCAUCAGAUGCUAUUAUUGUUUGUGCGCGUACCGAUGACGAAGUUAGCCAACUCCAGGUUUGUGUUCUGGAGGAGUCAGAAGAUGGUGAACUUAACUUCUACUCUCAUCAUGAUAUAAUCCUUUCGGCUCUUCCCCUCUGCACUGCGCGGAUCGAUUGGGACAUUAAUGGUGGAGGUAAAGGAAACUAUAUAGCCGUAGGCACAUUGGAUCUAGCUAUCGAAAUUUGGGAUCUCAACCUUAUUGAUGAAAUCCAGCCAUUUCUGGCACUGGGUGGUGUUGCCAAGAAAAAAAAGAAGACUGCCAAAUAUAAGAAGGGGGGUAGUCAUACAGAUUCUGUGCUUGGUCUUGAUUGGAACAAGAAACUCAAGUAUCUUGCCAGCGCAAGCGCUGACAAGUCUGUCAAGGUUUGGGAUUUUGAGACAGAGAAAUGUCGCACGACAGUAAACCACCAUACUGACAAGGUUCAAGCUGUUGCAUGGAAUGCCCACUCGCCAAAUUUUUUUCUUAGUGGAUCGUUUGAUCGCUCAGUCAUCUUGGUAGACGAGAGAAAUCCUUCACGUGUGUGUACUAAAUCUAUAGUUACUGCAGAUGUAGAGUGCUUAGCAUGGAACCCACAUGAUCAGCACUCGUGUUUGGUCAGUCUUGAAGAUGGUACUGUUCAAGGCUUUGAUGUCCGAGUUGCUUCAUCUGACCCUGCUGCUGCACGUUUGGAGCCAACUUUCACUCUUCAGGCUCAUGAUAAGCCUGUUACCUCGAUUUCGUAUUGUCCAACUGCUCCUAAGCUACUGGCUACAGGCUCGACCGAUAAAAUGGUGAAACUCUGGGAUUUAUCAAACAAUCAGCCGUCAUGUGUUGCAUCUAAAAAUCUUAAAGCUGGAGCUGUAUUUUCAACAUCCUUUUCUGAAGAUUGUCCUUUCUUGCUAGCCGUAGGAGGCUCCAAAGGAGACCUACAAAUAUGGGACACAUUAACUGAAAACGAAGUUGCUCGAAGAUUCGGGAAAUACAGUUAUAGGAAACCUCCUCCACAUGAGUGAAGUGGUUGUGUCUAGCGAUAGUACUUCCAAGAGCUCCAUCAAAGUCUGUCUACAUUAUUAUUCUGCAUAAACUGCAUAAAUAUAUCUUUUGUUUUGUGUACUCGGUAUAAGCUUAUUUGUAAUGUUAUAGUUGGGCUAAAUGGAACAGAAUCUGUAGAGGCAAAUCCAUGACUUAUUUAGUUUGUUGCAAUUUUACUUUCUGGUAGUAAAUCUUUACCGCUGAGGUUGGUGAAAGUUACCAGAAAACUUCUAGCAUACUUGGCUACAACAUCUGUUGUGUUUUAUACCAUGGGAUGUUGUCGUUUCUUUC